CUUUUAAUUUCUUGAUUGGUGAAAAAAACCCAUUUUUUUAAAAAAAUUUAAAAAAGGAAUCGAUCUAUGGGUAGCAUUGGGUUAGGGCUGGAAAUCACCGAGCUCCGGUUGGGUCUGCCGGGGACCGGCGACAAGAAACGGCCGUUCUCGGAGGCGGACAAUGACCGGAACAGUAGCAACAAUAACGGAGGAGAGGGACGGCGGGGUAACGACGGUAACGGCAGCAAUAAGGCCCGGAACACGAGCCGGGUCGUGGGUUGGCCGCCGGUUUGCUCGUACCGAAGGAAGCAAAACGACGCCGUCGUGGACAGCCAGAAGGCGUACGUUAAGGUUAGCAUGGACGGCGCGCCGUUCUUGCGGAAGGUUGACCUCGCCGCUCACGACGGCUACUCCGCCCUCGUCGCCGCCCUCCACCGCCUCUUUCACCUCCCCGGCAUCGGGGAAGAGUUGAAAGAUGGAGAGAGUUCAGGAGAGUAUGCUCCAAUAUAUGAGGACAAAGAUGGUGACUGGAUGCUCCUUGGAGAUGUUCCAUGGGGGAUGUUUAUUGAGUCUUGCAAGAGAUUAAGGAUCAUGAAGAAAUCAGAAGCAAAGGGUUUUGGGCUUGAUGCAAAGAAUUCCUUCAAUGAGAUGUCAAAAGAAGGAUGAAUAAUGAUAAUAUAUAUCUAUUCCACAACUCUUUAUAAUGAAUGUAUUUAAUUUUAAUUCUCAUUCAUAUUUGUUUAAUUCUCAUUUGCUACAAAAACAUAAAUGAACUUGUGUGUU